CCUACGUAGGAAGUUAGUAGCUUUACUGUCACAAUAUGAAGUGUAGUAUCUUUAAUUUUUAGGAUAAGAUGUUUUUGUUAUUUUUUAGUUAACUUACUAAAAAUACUCAACAUGAGUUACCGUGGCCACAUUCAACAGCCAUUUUACAGCAGCUCAUUAGCAAUUCGGCAAGAAAUACAGCGCUUCGAAAGUGUCCAUCCAAGCAUCUAUGCCGUAUACGAUUUAUUGGAACUCAUCCCUGAUCCCCUGUUAGCAACACGCAUACGGGAACACGUCGUCUGCAUAGAAGACUCCUUUGUUAAUAGCCAAGAAUGGACAUUAAGCCGAAUUGUGCCUGAUAUAAGGCUGGGAAUUGUGGGUAGUGUAAACAGCGGAAAAUCAGCAUUAGUCCAUCGCUACCUUACUGGCUCGUACUUACAAGAGGAAUCUCCUGAAGGUGGGCGUUUCAAAAAAGAGGUUGUGAUAGAUGGACAAAGCUAUUUAUUGUUAAUCAGGGAUGAGGGUGGAUCACCAGAACUUCAAUUCAGUUGCUGGGUGGAUGCUGUGAUAUUUGUGUUCAGUUUGGAAAAUGAAGCUUCCUUCAAUGCUGUCUUUAAUUACUACACAAAGAUGUCUCAUUUCCGGAACUCUCAGGACAUUCCAUUAAUAUUAGUUGGAGUUCAGGAUGCUAUUAGUGAAAGUAAUCCUCGAAUCAUUGAUGAUUCACGGGCAAGGAAAUUAGCAAAUGAUCUGAAACGUUGCUCAUAUUAUGAAACUUGUGCUACUUAUGGUUUGAAUGUAGAAAGAGUAUUUCAAGAUGCCUGUCAAAAAAUUGUGCAGCAGAAAAUGGCUACGCUAACUUCUAGUUCUUCACACCCUGGCACACCUAUUAGUCACCAGAUCAGGUGUAACUACUACAUCCCAACACCUACUCCUUUGUCAAGUGGCAACACUAAUAACGGGUAUAUCAGUCAAUUAAAUGCCAACAACGUAGUCUCAGGGGUUGCAACCACAUCAUCAAGUCACAGUCACACUGUCAUCACACAUUCUCAAAAUACCAAGAUUACCAUGGAACCAAACUCUCGAGACAAAGCUUCAGACACCAAUGCUGCUGACUCUUUAUUAAAGGAAUCAAAACUCGAGAAACCAGAACGACCUAUUAUUGUGGAACCUUUAACUACCCCAAAUCUUACACCAAAGGAUUCAAAAGAUCUUCCAACACCAAGUUCCACCCCAACUACGUCUCGCAAAACACGCAGACGGUCUAAUCUGUUUCCCCCUCUGAAAAAAGGAGAAGAAGACAAAAAAUUAAAGAAUGGUGAAGUAGGUAGUGGAAGACAUAUUCCUCUAAAACAGGGUUACCUGUAUAAACGCAGCAGUAAAACACUGAAUAAAGAAUGGAAGAAGAAGUAUGUAACUUUAACAAGUGAUGGUAGAUUAACAUAUCAUCCAAGUCUUCACGACUACAUGGAUAAUGUUCAUGGUAAAGAAAUUCCUCUGAUGCAUGUCACAGUAAAGAUUCCAGGACAGAAACCAAGAGGUUCUCGAGCACAACUCAUCUCUUCAGGUCCAUCAUCACACCAAGUUAAUGAGCUAGCCACAGAACUGAACAGCUUGACAGUUGGGGGAGAUCAAGAAAGAGAAGUCCAUUUCUCAGCCAGUAUUGACAUGAUUCGUGAUGGCCAGAGUCGUUUAUCAUUGGCCAGUAACUGUGAUGACCCUGUCCUGAUUACCAAUCGUCCUGCUGAAGCAGGUAGGAUACAUGUACAAUGCAGGAUUGGACAAGUGGUUAGGCUCAGCGACUCUGAUGACUAUGAAUUUGUUAUAGUAUCUUUAGACAACAAACAGUGGCAGUUUGAAGCUAGUAACUUGGAAGAACGAGAAGGCUGGAUAAAAGCCAUAGAGCAACAGAUACUCUGUAGUUUACAGGGAAUUGAGAGUACAAAGGCCAAGUCAAGGUCAAAUACACAAGUAGAUACUGCAUCGCUCCAAGCAAUCCGAAACAAUGUGCCUGGUAACACUCACUGUGUGGACUGUGAUGCAUCGAAUCCUGAUUGGGCAAGUCUCAAUCUAGGAGCUUUAAUGUGCAUUGAAUGUUCAGGGAUUCACAGGAAUCUAGGAUCUCAUAUAUCAAGGGUGCGUUCUUUGGAUCUGGAUGAGUGGCCGCUGGAACACAUUAGUGUAAUGAUGUCUUUAGGCAACACUAUAACCAACAGUAUAUGGGAAGGCAAUACUAGAGGCCGAGCUAAACCUACUCCUAAUUCAAGCAGAGAAGAGAAAGAACGGUGGAUAAGAGCAAAAUACGAGUUCAAAGAUUUUCUUGCACCCAUUAAUACUACCAUCUCUCUAGGCCAGCAAUUAAUUGAUGUAGUAUGUAAGUCAGAUAUUAAGGCUGUGGUUCUCAUUUUGGCCCGGAUAACCUCGGCUGACCUGGUCAACACAACGGUGAGUCAGCGUGAUCUCCGAACCCCUCUUCAUCUUGCUGCAGCUCUAGGAAACCUGGCUGUGACCCAGCUGUUAAUAUGGCAUAAUGCCAAUGUAAAGGCUGUAGACUCUGAAGGAAGAACAGCCCUAGUGUAUGCAAAAAACUCAGGCUCACAAGAAAUACAGGACUUAUUGAUAAACAGUGGUUGUCCUGAUCUUGGGAGUCAUACAACAGGUACUCUACAGCGUAGACGUGGAAGUGUCUCUAAAAAACCUUCGGAGGUAUUUGACAAGUUACCUGCAAGUAUUAUUUAAAUUCAGAAAGAAACAGAAGGGUGAUUAAUGCUUCUGUAAUUUGUUGUAAUUUUUUGUAGAUAUUGCUUGUAGCAGAGAAAUGUUUUUCUUCGCAUGUGAUGUGAACGUUGAAGGUUUUGUAGCCGUUCUCUUCACAAGGUUCUCUGCUGUUAAUUUUCAGUAGCAACAGACACUUUUAGUGUUUAUAUGUGAUAUGAAUGAACUACUCAAUCAGCUUUGGAAGAAAGCACUAAAAUUAUAUUAAAUGUAGUUAAAUGUUUUAUGGUAACAUCUACUCUUAGAAGCUGUUAAUAGACACUGAAAUAGAAUUUUGUUAGAGCCUUAAUUAGUUUAGCUUAAGCAGCAAGAGAAUCAAAGUUCAAGCUCUUCACUUUCAGCAGUUGUCAUUGUUGCAUGUUGGCCAUUAAUUCUGUAUAUACACUUACAACACUGCAACAUACAUUUUAUCAACUAUAAUUAUGCGAGAUGACGGCUACGGAUGUCCUUACACAUCCUUUGAUGCUAAUUGAUUAAACUAAUGUUACUGGUUUACAUGUAAGUGCUCUUCAACAUUUGCAGAUAUCACAAGUUUGCAUGCACAGUAGGUGACAAAGGUAUUACAAAUAAAUAGGCCGUUCGUAGUGUGUGAUAUGAUGUCACAAGUAAAAACAGCCUUCGUUGUUCACACUUAAACUAAACUAACAUUGAGUGAAACAUUAGAUAGGAAGUCUGAAAACUGUUGAGAGCUAAUCUUCUUUUAGAAUUAGAUAAAUAUUCAGAAACUUAUUUUAUACGUAGAUUGAUUUCAUUGAGAAAUAAAAAACAAGAUCCAUUCUGUUUAUCAUCAUUGAGUACAAUAUACGUCUUAAUUUGACCGUUAACUCCUCGCCAAAAUACUAUAACUAAAGGAAAUUUUUAUAAAUAUGAGGCUACUAUACAACUGUUGAAAUUUCUCCUACUGUGUUUGUUGAUCAAUUUUUUUUAUGAGAGGUUUUGAAUGAAUGAGCAAUAGCUAAUUCAAGUAUAUUUAAAGUUUUCUAGCAUUGUUGUAUUUACAGGCCUGGUGUAAUUUAUUUUCCUUUUACAUUGCCAUUGUUAAUUGAUUCUGAUAUCUUUAUGUAUUAUAAAAUCUCAGUUCAACUAACAUUCACUCAGAAUACGGAGAAACCUAAAACAUCGAGAAGAGUCCACAUAUACCUGUUAAUAAAAAAAAAAAACAUUUAAUUUUUGUUAUAGUGUGAGUGUGUUUGGUGAAAGAUAACCAGUGAAAUUAUUUUAUUGACUUGUAUUCCAACCUAAUAAUUGUUUAUAUUGUAGCAGUUUUUCUACAAUAUUAAAAUAAAAUCAUUAAGUGUUCUACUAACUGAGCACGCAGUAUUGCGAAAAGUGUAGUAACGUUGUUAUAAAUGUUGUAUAUAGAGAAGUCUGCCAUGAGUACUAUUUAUAAUGGGUAAUGCAACACAAUAUAUUUUGAUUUUCUUUUUUUUUAUAUAUAAAACGAAUUUUCUUGUGAUUGAAUUGUACAAUCUAAAUUUUAUUGAUUUACAUUAAUAUAUUCUAUUUAUUUAUUAAUUAUCCAAACAAAAAAAUUUUGGCAGCUCACCUGUAUAUUUAAAAUUUCUGUAUGAUCUAUUAUAAUUAUGGGAAAUUAAAAUUUUCAAGUGCAAAUUUUUUUAUAGUACAAAAAAUAAACAGUUUGUUCCUCUUUCUUGUGCUGGUUAUUAGGGAUGUUGAAAUUUGAAGUGAGUGGUUUGGAUUGUGUAAUACAUUAAUAUAUUUCCUAUAUACAAAGGUAUGCAAAAUAGUUUCCUAAGUAGUUUUACUUAUAUGUAGGAUGUUUUGGUUUCAGGUUUUAAAAGCUGAACACUUAAAAUUAAAAAACAUUACCUAUAUACAUGUAUAUUGGAAAAAAAACUUGUUUAAAAACGUCUUUGUAAGGCACAAAUUCUUCAUAAAAUGUAUUGUUUGGCCUGAAAAUGAACAUUUUUAUCUGGAGAUAAAUGUCAGUUUAAUAGGUAUGGUAUGUUAAAUUAUGGUUUACUCUGUGGAUUAAUGUGUGAUAACUCUUAACUGGUUGGUUAAGGUAAUCUGAAGACAACCUAGUAUAAAUGUAGGCUACAAAUGUCUUCGUUUUUUAAAUGUUGUUUGUCACAAAGAUCUCAGCCUUAAAUGAUUAUUAGAGUACUUAUAUCUUUCAGAAGAGUGUUGAUAAGAUUACACAGUUGAAUAAAACUAUAGAAAAUGUUUAAACAUUCGUAUAAAAUAAAGCAGUAUUCUUAUUCUGCUGUACAUAUUUUAGUAAGUUAGUUCAUGAGUAGUGAUUUUGCAAGUACUGAACAUGCAAAGCCAUGGAUCAGACUGUAAUCUGAAAGUUAACCUUGAAAGGUAAGGUUAUUUUUUGGUGUCACUAACAGCUUUUCCUUGAAGUGUAAUUUUUCAUCCAUUCUUUGAAAAAUUAAUGGUUCAGAAACUAUUUGUUGUGAAAUAACCUUUUUUUUUUGUUUAGCUUCUUUACUGCUUAACAAUAUUUUACAGUCUUUCAGUUUCAUCUAAGUUAUUUAAUUAUUGUUUGAAAUGCAUAUGAUUUGUAAUAUGAAAUUCCUGUGAGCAGUUUUAAUAUAAAGUGUUCAAAAAAAUAUGAAGUCCAAUUUUCUCUGAAAAUCUAUUGAGCAAUGAAGAAUUUUGCUGAGUGGAAGAUUUUCCCUUUUAUACGAACACAUUUGAUUUAACAUUUUAUAAUAUUCGUCUUAUGAUGAUAUUAAACUAUCACAAAUAAAUGUAUCUUAUGAUUUCCGAAAGAAAAUGGAAGGUGAUGCGUGAAACUUUGACCAUUUUUCAUCACAUUGGAUUUCUGAUUAUCUAUCAAAAUUUUUUGACAGUUAUGUUUUCUGUUCAUACUUUUAUAAUUGAAGAAUAGCUAGACAGUAGUAAUAAACCUUUCCAAAGUCACUUUUGUUGGCUUUCUGCACAGAAAGCUGUACUACUAUAGUAGAGGUGAAAAAUCUCUUAUAAUUGUUUUUAUUUCAAUUAAACAAAGGUGGAUUAUUAUUAGUGAAUGUUUAUCCAAUUUUGAGAGAUUCAAUUUAAGAUAUAGAUAUCAGAUUAAAUUCUUACCCACAUUCCGUGCAUUGCAGGUAGGAAAAGGCUUAUAUAAAAUAUGAGCUGAUUUGCUAAACAGUAAAAAAAAGGUAGAAUAAGUAUUCGUUUAUACCUUAAAAACUUGAUUGCUAAGUUUGUGUUCAGUAGUAUUAAUUUUACAUAAUCAGUGUUUUAUAGAAAACUCAAAAUUUAAAGUUGAAAUGUUGUUCCUAAUAUUUUAAGUGAAUUUCUCUUUUAUUUUCUCCUGUUUUUUAAAAUCUUUGGGUUUAAUGCUAGAUUAAACAAAACUGUUAUGUAACUCGUGUGUAUUUUACUUACUUGAAGAACUAUUGUUUUUAUACUUAUUUUAAUAAGAUCAGGUGGACCAAACUGUGAAGUUAUUGUUUUUGCCUUAUUUCUAUCAGAAAUUUAAAUUCUGUGAGCUUUUUUUUAAAGUCUACCUUUAUAUUUAUUCUGUUUUUUUCAUUUUGUCAUGAUUGUUUUAAGUAAUAUUUGUUGUAGUAGAAGCUUGUUUUUAUAGCAGUAUCAAAAAUAUAUUUGUAGUUCAGUUUUAGAAUCAUUUCUGAUUUUUUAAACUUUACUUUGUUGGAACAGUGUACUCUGUUCCAGUUUUUGUCCUCAUUGUUGGAGGUAUUAAAAUAUGAAUCGUGUGGGUGUGAAUAUAAAACAUUAGUUUAACAUACCUUUCCAAUAUUGAGGAUAAUUUUAUUGUCACACGUCUUCAGAGGGAUGUCUCAUAAAUAAAAAUAAAUACUUUUUGUAAUUGUACCAUCUGUAUAUUUAAAAGCGAAAAUAUUUUCACUAAUAACGGGAAUGCUCUAAUCCUCCUCCUAGCAAAACUUUCGUGAAAUCCAAUCAAAACUUGUAAUGUAAUGACCCAAACUAUGGAUAAAAUAUCAAUCCAAUCAAAACGUAUAAUGUAAUGACCCAAACUAUGGAUAAAAUAUCCACCCAAUCAAAACUUAUGUAAUGACCCAAACUAUGGAUAAAAUAUCGAUUAUAAUAAAGACUCUCAUUUCAGAAAUAAAUUUGGUAGUGUAAAAGCCUCUGGAAUAACGUGAACAGGAGUAAACUGAUCUGGGAGGGGGGGUCAGAUGUGGAAGUAACUUUGGUCUUCCAGAUGAAGAUCUCAAUA